CCCAAGAAUCUGCCACUGUAACUCUGCCUGCAGAGCCUGGCUGCUGCCCUGGCCCAGUAUUCUCCCCCACCUCUCUCCCUGGGAUCACUGAUGCUUGCUGCCUUGGGCGUCUGAGAGGAGCUUCUGCUGUGAGCCACCAGUUGCAGAGAGGCAUUGGUUAAAGGAGACGGAGAAAAGGAGCGAGGGAGCCCACAGGAAAGUGAGUUCCUGCUAUCAGAGGAGGGAGAGGAGAAAGUGGUGAGCAUGGCCAGCAACUCCAGCGCACUGCCACGGGUGACUUUCCAGACACCAGAGAAACCUGGGGAGGAAUCAUCACACAGGAAACUGGGCAAGUUAACCAUAAAGUACAACCGCAAAGACCUACAGCGCUGGCUAGACCUGGAGGAAUGGAUCAAUGCCCAGCUGCAGGAGCUGUACCAAUGCCGGCUAAGAGAGGAAACAGAGGCAGCAGCUCCUGAACCACAAAUUGAUCUUGAAGAUCUCCUGGAGGUCCCUAAUGAAGAACAGAAAUUAAAACUACAGGAAAUCCUCCAUGAGUGCUCCAGCCCAACAGAGGACUUCAUUACGGAAUUGCUCAGUCGAUUGAAAGGUCUCCGGAGAGUCACCAAUCCUCAGAAGAAAUGACCUUGCCCACAUGGGACACCCAGCUUCAGUCACAGGAAACGUGUAUCUUCCCCACAAAAACCAGGAUCAGCAACAUCACUUCAGAAUAUGUUUAGGACUUACUGUUAUUGAGAAACAUCACCAAGUUUGUGAACUUUGUACCAGUGGUUUGAUGUCUCCACUCCUUCCAGAUCUACAUACACAGCAGGGAGCUAGAUUGUACAUUUUCCUGAUUCUUAAAGGGCAUGCUAACCU